AUGCUUCCACUCAAACGUAUCCUUGUGGAGGCUGAUACGCGUUUCAUAAGAAUAAUCUUUGCAGUUAUCGCCUUUAUCUGGGUUUUUGCAUUAUAUCUGUACUUAUUAUUGUAUCAUUACGACACCAUCUCAGAAAAAGUUCAAACUUUGAAGGAUAAGGGUGCAUCUCAAUUCAAAUCAAGUGAAGGUUAUGAAAAUACAAAGUACUCAGAUUGGAAGUUCUCAUCUGAUGAGAAUGAUAAGAGUUAUCAUGAUGUUCAUCAAUAUUCUCCAUUGAAUGUAUCAAUAUUACAGCAUGAGGCCAUCACCAAUUAUCAAGCUCAAUUUAAUGUCAAGGAUGCUAGAAAUAUUUAUCCUAUUUAUUCAUCUAAUUAUGAUAAUAUCUUUAAAAACCAUCCUAAUCCGGCUAGUAUUCUUGGAAAUUUGGAUUUCAAUCAACGUUGUGAGUUAUACUUCCAGAAUUUGUAUAUGGAUAAUCACAAUUGGUUUGUUGAUCCAAAUGAAUUACUUCCUUUAGAUAACAAGCAUGAAUUCGAUUGGUAUACAUUUAAGCAUGUUUACUUUGAAAAGAAUUUGAAGAAGUAUAUGGAAGAGAAUGAACUUGAAUCAGAAAAUGAAGUGGUCGAUAAAGAUUUACUUGCCUAUAUUUCAAAGGAAUAUGAAACUUUCUGGAAUCAGACGUUAAAGGUUGAACAAAAGGCGGUGGAUAUAUUGAGUCAUUUAAGAAUCUUUAAUAAAUGUUUCAUAUCCAGAGAAACUGUACCUUCUACUACAGAUAAGUUUAUCUCUACUCAGAAGAGUUAUAUGAAAACAUUUUCAAAGAAAGCUCCAGCAUUUAAAUUAACGAAGGAAGAAAAGAAAGUCUUAUUUAAUCCAUACCAAGAUUGUUCUAAUUUGGAAAGAAGAAUGUAUCCAUGGUUAUCAUUUAACUAUCCAAUCUAUGAGAAAUGGACUGGAGAAGUUCUCUUAUCUCCUCCUAAAUACUUUGCUAAACCAAUUUAUCCAAAGCCUCCUCAUAUCUCAACAUGCUUUUUGGAAAAAUUUAAGAACGAUUUAAAUGGUAAAGGUUUAGUUCUUACUGUCGAUGAUGGGUUUAUAGAUGACACUAUUAACUUGAUUAAAUUAUUAAGAGCUCUUAAUAAUAAAUUGCCAAUCCAAAUCGUAUAUUAUGACAAUCUUAGUUCAGAUUCCAAGAAGAAAAUUGUUAAGACUGCUCGUGAACAAUUCAAAGAUUUACCCGCAUCAUUCUCAAAGGUUAGACAUCUCUUCCCUGAUGAUUAUGCAAAAGGGUUACCAAAACAAGAUAUUUGGUUUGUCAAUGUCUAUAACGUCAUUAAUGAAAACUAUAACUACAAAUUUAGUGGUUAUGGAAAUAAACUAUUAGCAUCUAUUUUUAAUUCCUUUGAAGAAUUCAUUUUAUUGGAUGCCGAUACGGUAUUGGUUAAGAAUCCCGAAUGGCUCUUUGAAAAACCGCAAUACAAGUCAACAGGAGCAUUCUUUUAUAGAGAUAGAGUUUUUAAACAUUUUAGACCUGAUUCAGAUACUUAUUUCUUUAAAAAGACUCUUCCAUCUGUUUUAGAUGCAGUUAUGUUUGAUUUCCCAAUGGCAACAUCUAAAACUUUUGAUAUGGAUGGUAUGAAUGGGAUGUUUCAUACAGUCGAGGCAGGAUUACUUGUUUACAACAAGGUUAAGCAUUUUAAUUCGAUCUUAUUAUUACCACAAUUAAAUUCCAUGUUCUUGGUUAGUGAUAGAGUUCACGGAGAUAAAGAAUUAUUCUGGCUCUCCAUGUCUAUGGAUGGUGAUGAAGAUUUUGAACUUAAUAAAUAUCAUGCUGCGUCCAUUGGGAAGAUCAAUGUGCAUAGACAUAAAUUUGAUGGAUCUAGUUAUUUGUCAGAACAGCUUUGUUCAUCACAUCCAUCUCAUGUUGAUGGAGAUGAUAAUUCUUUGGUUUGGUUUAAUUCUGGUUAUCAUUACUGUAGCAAAUUUAAAAAUAUCGAUUUCGAUGAAGAGAGAGAAGUGUUCCAUAAGUCUUUUGGUGAGACCUUUGACAGUAAUGAACAAUUAGAGAAGCUUUAUUCUGAUCCUCUUCGUAUCAGACUGGCUAUCAUUCCAAAUUUCGUUGCUAAAAAUCGUACAUUAACUCCAAACACAGUAGGAGAACCUGAAGCAGGGUGGGAAUUAUUUGAUAAAGUAUGUACAGGCUACAUUUGGUGUGCUUACAGUUCUCAGGGUUACGGAGAAAAUUAUAUGAGUAAUACUGUCAUACAUUUCGAUGAAGAACAACAGAAUUUACUUGAUUACUACGGAGAUGUGUGGGUUGGAUUAGAAUAG